CACAGAACAAAACAGAAGUUGGUAUGGGGUAUUGGCUGAAAGAGGUGUUGAAAACUCUUUGUGGAGUAAACCAGUGGUCUUAUGCUGUUUUCUGGAAGAUCGGUUGCCAAAACACCAAGCUUUUAAUUUGGGAAGAAUCUUAUUGUGAAACUUCAACAUUCUCUGGUUUACAUGGAACUUGUGAAGUUGAGAAUCCAAAACUAGCUUUCCAAGACUGGAGUGCUUGCUGGGAUUCGGGUGAGGUUCAAAAUUCUCAGCUUCUGAAUCAAGCAGGUGAGAGCUUGUGUUUGCUCGUAAAAAGAAUGAUGAUGGACAAACAGUUCAAUCUAGUAGGAGAAGGACUAAUUGGCCGGGCUGCGGCCAUUGGAAACCAUCAAUGGAUUCUUUCAAAAGGUCGAAGUAAAGAUGCUCAUCCACCAGAGGUUCUGAAGGAGCUUUCUCAGCAAUUUUCAUCUGGCAUCCAGACAAUUUCAGUUAUUCCUGUUCUUCCUCACGGCGUUGUUCAAUUUGGUUCAUACUUGCAUAUACUGGAGAAUAUGGGAUUUGUGGAGGAUGUGAGAACGCUAAUAAGUCAAUUAGGGUGUGUUCCUGGUGUUUUAUUAUCUGAUGAAAAUGCAAUGAAAGAACCUGCCCCAAGUACAGCCAGACCAGUUUAUCCUGGGAGUUCUGUCUCAAUGGUAUCUUGUGGGAGAGCCAAAGUAAUGACCUCUUCUUCAAUAAUAGCUAGCUGCAACUAUAGUGCUAACUCAAUUCAGGCAGAGAGGUUCAUCGGUCAAACUUCUUCUUUGGCUGGACAAAUUCAGGAAUGUAUGCAGUCUAGUGAUUCAACAUUUCAAGCCUCUAAUAUCACUGGACGUUUUGCCAAAUACCAUGAUGACCACUUUCACAAGAAAAUUUCCCCAGAAGUGACAUCAUACAUGUCUACAAACAGCCAGCUAACAAAUAAUGUGAUCAAAGCUGAGGUAAUUCCACCAAACCCUGACGUAUGGACGAAGCAACAGGCUUCUUUGCACAUUCCAAAGCCACGAUUUUGUCAGGAAUCUUCUGUUGGCUCAUUAACUCUAGAUAGUGGCAGCAUAAGAUUGACUGAACAACAGAUCUCUGGUGAAAAUAAUCUUGCGAAAAACAAUUCAACUCUGCCAAAUGGCUUUAGAGCAUCUCAGCCAAGAAUCGGUGAUGUUCUUACAUCCAACUUUCAUGAAAAUAUUGUUCUUCCAUCCACUGGAGUAACUGAAUUGUACAAAGAAGUGAACAAGUAUCAGAAAUCAAUGCCGAGCCCCAAUGUUUUCUUAGAUGCCAUCAGACCACCACACAAAAUUAUCUCUUGCACAGAGUUUACUGGAAAUGGGCUUCAGAUUGGUUCUUCUGAAUUGAAGGCAUCUUCUUCAUAUGAUGUUGUUAAUGAUGUAAUCAACAAUCGUUCUUUGGAUGGCCGAGGCACACAAUUUUUGUUGGACGGGAGCAAAAGAAUGGUAGAAAAUGAUUUGUUUCAAGCACUCGGCAUUAUGUCAACACGGGAUGAGCAACCAAGUUCAAGUGAGUACAUUCAAGAUGUAUAUGGUGAAAAACAUGAACAUGGAGUGCAGAAUCCCUUAUUUGACAAUGCCAAAUUUGAAGAUGUGUGUGUCCAAAGUCAAUCAGGGUAUGACUUAUUUGAUGUUUUGGGUGCUGAUUUUAAAAACAGACUACUAAAUGGAAGCUGGAGUGAUGAGCAAAGCAAAGGACCGGACUCAAACACAAAGGAUUGUAUUAAUAAUUGCUCUACUUCUAAAAUAAGUCGGGAUGCUUCUUCUACAGUCAACCAAGGAAACUCAGAUAGUGGUAUGUUUUCCAUGACUGGUUUUGACCGUAUCUUAGAGACUAUGGUAUCCAAUCGUACUACUAAGCAGAGCCUGGAAGACAACCUUUCUUGUCGGACGACGUUGACUAAUUUGAGCAGCUCCUCUUCCCCUAAUGCUUCAUGUUUCUAUGGCCGAGUUGGAUUCUCCAGUCAAAUUCAGGGAGAGCUAUAUGGGCCUCCCAAGACACUUUCAAAAUCAGGAGCAACGAGUUCUGAUUCAUUCAAAUAUGAGUGCUCCAAAGAAAACACAGGAACGCAUUCUCAAAGUUGUUCAAUUUAUGGAUCACAAACCAGUUCAUGGGUGGAAAGUGGCCAUGGCACAAAGCCGUUAAGCAGUGUUUCAACAGGCUAUUCUAAAAAGCCAGAUGAAAUGAGUAAAACAAGUCGCAAAAGGCUUAAACCAGGAGAGAAUCCUAGACCCAGGCCAAAAGAUCGGCAAAUGAUCCAAGAUCGCGUGAAGGAACUGCGAGAAAUUGUGCCUAAUGGGGCGAAGUGUAGCAUUGAUGCACUGUUGGAACGCACGAUUAAACACAUGCUUUUCUUGCAAAGUGUCACAAAACAUGCAGACAAACUAAAACAGACUGGAGAGUCAAAGAUUAUCAGUAAAGAGGGAGGAUUGCUUUUAAAGGAUAAUCUUGAAGGCGGAGCAACGUGGGCAUAUGAAGUCAGCUCACAAUCUAUGGUCUGCCCUAUUGUAGUUGAGGAUCUGAAUCAACCUCGUCAAAUGCUUGUGGAGAUGCUUUGUGAGGAACGGGGCUUGUUUUUGGAAAUAGCUGACAUUAUAAGAGGAUUGGGCUUGACUAUCUUGAAGGGGGUUAUGGAAACGAGGAACGACAAAAUAUGGGCACGAUUUGCUGUAGAGGUAACUAAUCAAGAAUUGGACGAAAUCUGCUUUUUGUACUCCCACAAUUUUACUUGUUUGUUUGUAUUUUUUAUACAGGCAUACAGAAAUGUAACAAGGAUGGACAUAUUCAUCUCACUCGUUCGCCUCUUGGAAUCUACAGCAAAAGGUGAAACCGAACCUGCCAAUGCUAAUGAUAACAACACAGCAGUGGUGAAUUUAUUCCACCAAGCAGCGUCAAUACCUGCAACUGGUAGUUUGCUGUGAUCAACAUUUUACUACUGUUUCACUUGUUAAUGUUAAGAGCAAGCGGCAAAUCAUGCUUGCCAUGACUAACAUUUGCACCAAGAUGAUCCUUCUGGUUCUAAUCGAUAUAUAUUCCCCAGAGGUGUAUCUGAAUCCCCUAAUGAAGAGUUGCAUGCUUUUCUAAUCCAUCAAUGGUUGUAAACUUGUAAUAUGUAGCAAUCAGAUGCUGUAGAAUACUUCUUGUAGAGAAAGAAGAAAAUGAUAGAAUGAUAUGGAUCAUGUCAUAAAAGGGGUAGUUUCUUGGUUUGUUGUAUAGGAAAGUUUAAGAUGAUAGAAGGGAUGAGGGGAUUUUAUUAGCUAAUGUGUGUACCUUUAAUGCAAUUUUUUGGUUUUUCUUGGGCUUUCA